GUGAGUGGCGUUAGAGAUGUGAUUUUACGACACUUCCGGAUACGGGUGAACGCCUUUACGGCAGCUCUUGGUCACACGUGUUGUCGUCGCAUGGAAGUCCGUCCUAGUAAAUAGCUGCUGCUUGCCGAUCGACUUUAGGUUUCCCAGAAGUAUGUCUUUCAGAGGAGGCGGUGGACGAGGAGGCAGAGGAGGUGGAGGGUUUAGCCGAGGUGGAGGAGGUGGAUAUGGCGGAGGUAGAGGAGGAGGUGGUGGAUUUAGAGGAGGUGGUGGAUUUGGACGUGGCGGUGGUGGCAGAGGUGGUUUUAACAGACAAGACUACGGUCCUCCAGAAUAUGUCGUCGCGGUGGGAGAGUUCGUGCAUCCAUGUGAAGAUGACAUUGUGUGCAAGUGCACGACGGAGGAAAACAAAGUGCCCUACUUCAACGCCCCAGUGUACCUGGAAAACAAGGAGCAGAUCGGGAAGGUGGAUGAGAUAUUUGGCCAGCUCCGGGAAUUUUAUUUUUCAGUCAAACUUUCUGACAACAUGAAGGCGUCUUCAUUUAAGAAACCGCAGAAGUUUUAUAUAGAUCCAAUGAAGCUCCUCCCGCUGCAGAGAUUCCUCCCCAGGCCGCCAGGAGAGAAGGGUCCGCCAAGAGGAGGUCGAGGGGGAAGAGGCGGUGGCCGUGGAGGCGGUUUUCGAGGCGGCCGCGGUGGAGGAUUUGGAGGCGGCCGCGGUGGAGGAUUUGGAGGCGGCCGCGGUGGAGGAUUUGGAGGCGGACGAGGUGGAGGAGGCUUCAGAGGAAGAGGAAGUGGAGGAGGAGGACGUGGAUUCAGAGGUUCGAGAUAAUCUGAUGGUGAUGGUCUGUUGUGACGGUCUCAUCUCAAAGCCUCAAAGAGGCUGCGCUCUAUGACGGUGCCUGGCCUGUUGGACUCAGAAUAUAGACAUUGCCUCCAAUUGAAGAACUUGAAUGGAUUUUCCGUCUUUGUUUUAUUUUUGUACCAGUUUUGAAUAUGUGAUGGGUGAUUAUAAUUUAAAAGGUUCAUACGUAUACUUGCGUGUAACAUAACGAGGACCUUUCAGCCUGAUAAGGAGAGUUAUCGGGUCCCUUUGUGAACAGGCUUGUCAAUGUCCUCUGCUGAUUUUGUUCAAAUGUUUGGCCAUGACAGAUGUUUGUACUUUGACCACGAUUUCAAGAGAUACAUUCACACACCUUCAUGUAUUAAUUUCCUCCGAUGUGGGAAAUCUUAAUAUACUGUUAGUUGAAAACAUUUUAAUACCCAUUUUUUGUAAAGUCCUAAUCAGAAUGUUGUCACAUUUUCUGUUAAAGGCCUUGAUUAAAAGGUGCUUUGUAA